AUGGAUGCUCUCAUAUGGAAUAUUAGAUCAGUUAACACUCAGCAAGCAUUUGAGAUGCUGAUCAAAUCACAUAGAAAGAAUCACUAUGAAUUCAUUGGUUUAAUGGAGCUUAUGCAACAAGCAAGAACUUUGGAAAAGUAUAGAAACAGAAUAGGCUUUGCUCAGGUGAUUGCUAAUGUAUCAAAUAAGAUCUGGGCUUUCAUAGAUGAAGUAUAUGAGGUUACAGUUAUGUAUAACUUGGUGCAGCAGUUAACUCUAAGGUUAUAUCACUCUGAGACUCAUGUGGAAUUUGUUCUAAUUCUGGUAUAUGCUAAGUGUGAUGCUAUUGAAAGGAUUGAACUGUGGGAUUCAUUGUAUUAUAUGGCAUCAGAUAUGACUAUUCCAUGGUUAGUAGGAGGUGAUUUCAAUGUUAUAUGGGAUGAGGAGGAAAAAAUUGGAGGUCUUCUAGUACACUUGAAUGAAAUCGAUGAUUUCAGGCAUUCUAUAAAUACUUGUAACCUGUCAGAUCUUGGUUUUAAGGGUAGUAUAUUCACAUGGUCGAAUGGCAGGGCAGAGGAGGAUUGUAUUUUCAAAAGGCUAGACAGAUGUGUGGCCAAUGCAGAAUUUCAGCAGAUUUUUCCAGGUAUUGAAGUUCAACAUUUGGCAAAGAUAGGGUCUGAUCAUAGCCCUAUGCAGCUUAGAUGUGAUAUAAAGAAACCCCCAGUCAAGAAACCCUUCAGGUUUCUGAAUUUUUUGGUGGAACAUGCUUCAUUCAAAGAGGUAGUAAAGCAGAACUGGAAUGCUGACUUCAGUGCAAACCCAUAUGUUCUGUUCAAUCAUAAGCUGAAGAAGGUCAAGAAGGCUCUAUCUGGAUGGAGUAAAUCAACAUAUGGGGACAUAUUUCAAAAAAUAGCUAGUUUGGAGGAGGUUGUAAUUGUGCAUGAAGCAGAGUUUGAAGCUAACCCUACAAAACAAAACAGACAAAGGUUGCAGAAUGUACAGGCUGAAUUGAUCAGAUAUCUAGCAUUGGAAGAAAAAUACUGGAAGCAAAAAUCUGGAAUGUCCUAG